UUCGCGCUCAGCCUCGACCGGGCCUCGCAUUGCACACGACAUCGAUACGUACUCAUUUACAAUAGAUUAAUCCGUUGUGGGAAUUGCCCCGUGGUUCCUGGGUGUCGCCUGCGCAGUCAGUCCUGGGAAUUGAUAUGACCGUCGGCUUCGCCUCGUGAUACGCACACGCAUACACACCCGCACACCCCACCCCCUGCACGGCGUAUUGAUACGCCCCUACAUCCUACCGCUCCUACACCUACCGUUGGAUAGUAUAUUAUUUCGAGCGGCUCGUUCCCAACAUCCUCGCUUCUCCAGAUAUCGCUUGCUUUUUUAUUCAGGUCUCUGUAUAACCUGUCCUAAUAUUCCUUUUCCCCUCCGGGUUAUAGCUGUCCCUGCUGGUCCGGUUGGAUUUUACCUUAACUCUCUCUUCCUGGACCCACCUAUCUCUCUCUCUCUCUCUCUGACUUACACGCACAACCAACCACCUCAUCCCGCACUCGCUCACACAUAACGCCCACACCUACUACACACAUACGCACACACCCACACAUACGCACAUAAUGGCUUCGACAAGAUCAGGCGUCCCCAUGAGCGAGCUCAACGCCGCCGCCCUCGAGCAGUUCAUCUUCCGGAGAGUCGACCGGUCCAUGAUCGCGCAUCUGGCACGCGCAGCGCGGGAGGUUAUUCAGUGCGACCCGAACAUGAUGCCCCCCCCGGCCCACACCCCGUCGCAACAACCCUCGCCACCUCGAACCCCCUCCCCGAAAGCUGUGACGUCCGACGACAGCGGCCUGCCGACGCUGGAGGAGUUCAUCACGAGACUGGUCCGUUCUUCUAACGUGCAGGUGCCGACGCUGAUGUCGACUCUGGUCUACCUCACCCGCCUCAAGUCGCGAUUGAUGCCCAUGGCCAAGGGCCUGCGAUGCACCACCCACCGCAUCUUCCUGGCCGCCCUCAUCCUCUCGGCCAAGUACCUCAACGACAGCUCUCCCAAGAACAAGCACUGGGCCACCUACAGCCACAUGAGCACCGAGACCUUCACCUUCGGCUUCAGCCGCACCGAGGUCAACCUGAUGGAGAAGCAGCUGCUGUUCCUGCUCGAGUGGGACUUGCGCAUCACCGAAGAGGACCUCUACCGCGAGUUCGACGCCUUCCUGACCCCCAUCCGCGACGAGGUGGAGUCGGAGUACAUCCGCCGCCAGCAGCGGAAGGAGCGCCUGCGCAAGCAGCACGAGGCGGAGGAGUGGACCGUCCCUCAGUUCCCGACGCCGCCGAGCUCCCGCGGCAGCUCGCGCUCGGAGUCGCGGGCGGCGGCCUCGCCCUACGAGACGAUCCGCGCGGUGCACGACGACGCGUCGCCGACGCCGGGCCUCGUCUUCAGCUCGUCGGCCAGCUCGAGCAGCGGGUCGUCGUACACGUCGUCGCGGUCGUCGACGCCGCUCUCGGACCCGGACGACGUGUGCCUGUCCAUCGCCGACGGCUACCCGUCCGACAGCUCCUCCUCCUUCGACAUCGUCCUCGACGUGCCGCCGCCCGUCAUCGCCGUCGGCACCAACACCAGCGGCAGCAAGGCCGUCGCGUACCGCCAGUACUACCAGACCCACCACUACCUGCGCGGCCCCGCCUCGGCCAAGACCAGCCGGACGAGGCUGCCGUACGAAGUCAGCCCCGACGACCUGCGCGCCAUCCAGGACGGCACCAUCAAGGCCAAGCGCCCCCGGACCGGCCGCAGCGUGUGGGGACGCGUGUUCGGCGCCAUGUCCGCCUAGGCCCCUCGCACAUUCGCUCAGCCACCUACACCUUUUUCUAUGUCUGCAGCAUACAACGAUUUUUUUUU